AACUUGCAAAGCUAGAAGAAAAGGUUCUCUCCCUCUCUCUCUUCUUCUCUUUCUCUGCGUGUGUGUUCGUGAGUGGAGUGGCGUAUGUGUAGCUGCGCUCUCUAUCGCCGGCGCUCUCGUCGGAAUUUCCGUUAUUGAUUUUUCCGAUCACCGGAUUCGAUCCAAUCCCUAAUCCCUAAUCCCGCGAUUCCAUCAAUUGAAAAAAUUGAAUAGCCAUUGAACCGUUUCGUUUCGGGGGUAGCGGAGAUGGACGUUUACGCGAGCAGCGACGAAGAUUACCAUUACGACUCCGACCACGAGGACUCCGUCGAGGCCUACGAAAACGACGAGAAUUACGCCUUGCUCUCUUCCAAGGGCACCACUACUAAGGUGAUUACAAAGGAAUCACUGCUAGCUGCACAGAAGGAGGAUUUGCGCAGAGUGAUGGACAUGCUAUCGGUGAGAGAGCAACAUGCUCGGACGCUGCUUAUUUUUCAUCGUUGGGAUGUGGAGAAUCUGUUUGAAGUGUUAGUAGACAAGGGGAAAUCAUUUCUCUUUGCUGAAGCUGGUGUUAGUGUGGAUGAACAUCGCAACUCUGACUCACCUGUUCCUCCUGCAUUCAUGUGCUACAUCUGUAUGGAGGAAGUUCCUAGUAGCAAAACAACGAGAAUGGACUGCGGUCACUGCUUUUGCAACGGCUGUUGGAUAGAGCACUUUAUUGUCAAGAUAAAUGAGGGUCAAAGUAAGCGCAUUAGAUGCAUGGAACACAAGUGCAAUUCCAUAUGUGAUGAUGCCGUUGUAAGAACUCUACUCAGUAGAGAGCACCCUCAUAUGGCAGAGAAAUAUGAACGCUUUCUGCUUGAAUCUUACAUUGAAGACAAUAAGAGAGUUAAAUGGUGCCCCAGCACACCUCAUUGUGGGAAUGCAAUACGGGUCGAGGAUGAUGAACUGUGUGAGGUAGAAUGUUCAUGUGGUGUACAAUUUUGUUUUAGUUGUUUGUCAGAAGCACACUCCCCUUGUUCAUGUCUGAUGUGGGAGCUUUGGGCUAAGAAGUGCCGAGAUGAAUCAGAAACAGUUAAUUGGAUAACUGUUCAUACAAAACCAUGUCCAAAGUGUCACAAACCAGUGGAGAAGAAUGGUGGUUGUAACUUGGUUAGCUGUAUCUGUGGCCAAGCAUUUUGUUGGUUGUGUGGUGGAGCUACUGGCCGAGAGCAUACUUGGUCAAGUAUAGCUGGUCAUAGCUGUGGUCGAUACAAAGAGCAAGAAAAGACAGCUGAACGUGCAAAGAGGGAUCUAUAUCGUUAUAUGCAUUAUCAUAACCGAUAUAAAGCUCACACAGACUCCUUUAAGAUUGAAAGUAAACUGAAAGAGACUAUACAAGGGAAGAUUGCCAUUUCAGAAGAAAAAGAUUCUACACUCAGAGAUUAUAGCUGGGUAAAUAAUGGACUCUCCAGACUUUUCAGAUCUAGGCGAGUCCUAUCAUAUUCAUAUGCAUUUGCAUUUUAUAUGUUUGGAGAUGAGCUUUUUAAGGAUGAAAUGACAGAUGCUCAACGGGAAAUAAAACAGAACUUAUUUGAGGAUCAACAGCAACAGCUUGAGGCAAAUGUUGAAAAGCUCUCUAAAAUUUUGGAGGAGCCUUUUGAAACCUUUUCAGAUGAUAAGGUUGUUGAGAUAAGGAUGCAGAUACUCAACCUUUCAACAAUUAUUGACAAACUUUGUCAAAAAAUGUAUGAAUGCAUUGAGAAUGAUCUAUUGGGUUCUCUCAAUCUUGGCAUUCAUAGUAUUGCUCCAUACAAGUCAAAGGGCAUCGAGAGGGCAUCAGAACUUUCAGUUGGCUGGAACAACAAAGUCAAUAAUACUGUUUGACUUUGUGGAUGCUCAUCAGAAAAUGUUACUGAGUGAAAAGGAUUAUUGUAUAUAUGCUGCAAGCGUAGGUGUAACAGAAGAACUUGAUCGACCAUCUGGAUCAGGGAGUUCAGACGAUAAUGGAUGUUCUUCUCGUAAACGUGCUAGAAAAGAGGGUCUUGGAGGUGGUGGUUUUUUUGAUCUAAACUUGCCAGCAGAGUUUGUAGACAGAAAUUGACUUUGAAGGACACCUUAUUAUACGUACAGGCGUACAGGUCUAACAACAUAAAAUUGCUUUGCUUUGCUGCCUUUGGAAGGAAGGAAUUAAUCUUUUUGGAUUUCAUACCCCAUUUGCUUUCUCAUAUCUUUCUUUUAGCCAGCCAUGUCUCUGCUGAGAUAAAAGAUAUGUUUCCAAGGUUUCUUAUUCCUAUGCCAUCUACCUUUCUGUUUGAAAUCCUAGCGCUGUAUAUAGAUAGCCUUGGGGCAUUUAUUUGCUAGUAGUUUUAUGUAAAUGGCUACCUUGAGGACAACUAGGAUGCUUUUAUUCCUAUUUUAUGGAGUUAUAGGUGGAGGUAACUUCACUGAUUUUUCUUCUCUCA